GAUAAAAGAUCUCAUGAUUAUUUAAUUUUUGAAUUGUUAAAUUCUUUUACUAUCAUCAAAUUUAUUACGUACCAUUUGCUUGUUUUAUACUUUUUGUGUGUUUAUAUUCAACUUCUCCCUGUCAGAUUUUUCUUGUUGUCCUCAUUUACACAAUUAAGACUUUGUUACGAAGUUAAAAUCCAAUUUAUUUUUCAAUAAAUUAUGUUAUAAUCAUAACAAAAAUACAUAAAUCCAAAAAAUAACCUACCAUUCUAACAAUCUAAGCUUGGAGCAACAAGUAAUUUUUUUUGGAUACUAUGGAGAGACUUUGGAAAAAUAACAAAUCAAACACUUCCCUCUUAAAAGUAAAGAAGUCUCUAAACUGUCACAACCUACAAGACCCUUCUUUCAAAUUCCAACCUUUCCAACAUUCCUCUUCUGUCCACUAUGAAACCGCAGCAACCGCAACCGUCAUUGCUCCUCCUCCUCAUCCUACUUCUCUUAGCCACCGUCUCCGCCUCUCCACUACACCCAAAACAGCUCAAAUCUCUCCAAUCUUUAAACAUCUCUACACCAACCAAUGAUCCCUGCAACAACAACCAAUCCUCCUCCACCUCCAUAACUUGCGACAACGCUUCUCCUUACCGCCACAUUACCUCUCUUUCCUUCACAAACUGCUCCUCCACUCUAUCUCUCCCCUCCAAAACCCUCAAACCACUGUCAAAAUCUCUCCUCUCUCUCUCCUUCAACAACUGCCCUUCACUUUCUCCUCCAUACCAUCUCCCAAUCUCCCUCCACUCCUUCUCCGCCGUCUCCUCCUUCCUCCACAACAACCAUACCCGCCUCUCCGGCCUCUUCCUCGCUCGUCUCAAAAACCUCAAAACCCUCUACAUUUCCUCAACCCCAAUCUCAACCUCUCGUCGUCUUUAUGUAAUCCUCGGAAACAUGCAUAAACUCACUUCCCUCACAAUCUCAAACUCAAAUCUCUCUGGCUUUAUUCCUAAAUCUUUCCACUCCAAUCUCACAUACAUCGAUUUAUCAAACAAUUCACUAAAAGGCUCAAUACGCAUUUCCAUUACUCGUCUCACAAACCUCAAGUCCUUAAACUUAUCUCAUAACUCUCUCUCCGGCCAAAUACCAAACAAAAUCAAAAACUUAAUCUUUCUAAAAAACUUAUCUUUAGCUUCAAACAGAUUAACAGGAACAAUCCCAAAUUCACUCUCGUCAAUUUCUGAACUUACACAUUUGGAUCUAAGCAUGAAUCAACUAAACGGCACGGUUCCAAGUUUCUUCUCCGAGAUGAAGAAUCUCAAACACUUGAAUCUCGCUGAUAACUCCUUCCAUGGAGUUUUACCAUUCAACGAAAUCUUCAUUAAAAAUCUCAACUUUUUCGAAAUUGGAGGGAACAGUGAGCUCUGUUACAACAAAACUGUUGUAUCCUCGAACUUGAAAUUGGAGGGUCUUGCUCCGUGUGAUAAAUACGGGUUUCCUUUAUGGUCUCCGUCGCAAAAGGAGGAAUCUUUGUCAGGAGAAAACGAUUACGGCGAUUACAACGGUGAAGGAGGAAAUGAGAAGAUGACGAAGAAGAAGGAAGAAGAAGAAGAACACAAUGGUUCCAACAAGACUCUGUUUGGUCUCGGCAUUGGUCUUUUUUCGAUUGUGUUCUUAAUCCUCUUCCUCUUUUAUCUUGCUAAAAGGUGUCGUUGGAUUUGAGAAGUCUGAUCUUUUUGUGUGGACUUUACUUUAUUAGGGUUCUUUUGAGAAUAACCAGACCGGGUCUUCAAGAAAUUACUAUGUCCAAACCGGUACAAAUCCGGUUUAUGUUUUUGUUUGGUAUUUUACCCUUUUCCUCCUCUAAAUGUACUGUCUGUUUUGUAUUUGUGAAUUGUGAUUAUGAGUAACUGCAGUUUGUUGUG